AGUCACUUCCGGUUGACAAGCUAGGAGCAACGCAUGCGCAUAUCAAAGGCGAGUAAAAGGGUUACGGAUAAACUCCAAGUAUUAAAAGGCGUGUUUUGUUGGCGAUCAUUGCUAAGAACAGCUACUAUUCUUCGUUCUAAGGAUGUCGAAUUCUAAAGGAAUGGAAGGUUAUGUUGGAUUUGCUAAUCUACCCAACCAAGUUUUUCGCAAAAGCGUCAAAAAGGGAUUUGAGUUCACCGUUAUGGUUGUUGGUGAAUCUGGUCUAGGGAAGUCCACGCUUCUUAACUCACUUUUUCUGACUGACCUGUACACUCCAUCAUCUUACCCAAGUAUCAAAGAAAAGAUGACAAAAACAGUUGAGCUGGAAGCCUAUUAUUGAGUACAUUGACAAUAAAUUUGAGGAAUUUCUGACUGAAGAAAGUAAGGUGAACAGACAUCCUUUUCCAGAUAGCAGAGUUCAUUGUUGUCUGUAUUUUAUCGCACCUACUGGACACUGCCUCAAACCACUGGACAUAGAGUUUAUGAAGAAAUUACAUAAAAAGGUUAAUAUAGUACCUGUCAUUGCUAAGUCUGAUACUAUGACUACUGAAGAAUGUACAAGAUUUAAAAAACAGAUCCUACAAGAGAUCAAAGAAAAUGACAUUGGUAUCUAUGAAUUCCCUGACCUAGCUGGAGAGGAUGAUAGUGAACAAGAUUCUACAAAUAUGAGGGACAGAAUACCCUUUGCUGUUGUUGGCAGUAAUACAGUUCUAGAAGUCAAUGGUAAAAGAGUGAGAGCUAGAGUCUAUCCAUGGGGCGUGGCAGAAGUGGAGAAUGUAGACCAUUGUGAUUUUGUUGCUCUGCGAAACAUGUUAAUAAGAACGCACAUGCAAGAUUUAAAAGAUGUGACAGACGAUACACAUUAUGAAAACUAUCGAUGUGAAAAAUUGGCUUCCAUGUCCUUGGGUUCGCCGUCAGCCAAUCCAUCAAAUGCAUCCUUUUCUAGAAGUCCACUAGAACAGCUUGAAAUGGAAAGGGAAGAACACGAAAAGAAACUCAAGAAAAUGGAACAAGAAAUGGAACAAGUGUUUGAAAUUAAAGUUAAAGAAAAGAAAAAGAAACUAAAAGACUCUGAAGAAGAGUUGGGUAGAAAACAUGAACAAAUGAGAAAACAACUGGAUGCACAACUAAAAGACCUGGACGAGAAGAGAAAGAAGUUCGAAAAAGAAAAACAAGAGUUUGAAGAAAAAAGCGAAAAUAAGAAAGUAUUAGAAAGAUCAGAUUCAUCUAGCAAGUCUCUCAAAAGUCUGCUGUUGUGCAGUUUGAAUGGAUCUGUGGAUGGAAUCGUUAAAGAGAAGAAGGAAAAGAAAAAGAAAGGCUUCUUUUAAUUGAUAUUGCUAGAUUUUAAAAUAUAAAUGCGACUUUUUCUCGGUCUGGAAAGACGACUCAAAAUGUCAGAAAUGCUCUGAUAGGCUAACGAGCUUCUGUCCAAUUAUGUGCAGUCAUAUAGCGUUGAAGCGCUCCGACAAUUAUGAGAAAGCGAAGAAGAUUGAGCGAGCGGUGACUCAUCCUGACACUCGGCAAAUAGGACGUUUGCACGAUGGCGUCAUUGACCUCUACUACCAGACUCCCUUGCACACUUUCUUUUGUUCAUUUAAUUAGUACCAAUUGUCUUACUAUUCUCAUGAGGGAAUACAAAUUUAAA